AUGAGGGAAAUCGUUCACUUGCAAGCUGGUCAAUGCGGCAAUCAAAUUGGCUCAAAGUUCUGGGAAAUCAUCUCCGAUGAGCAUGGCAUCGACCCGAAUGGCAUGUACGUUGGUGAGAACGAUUUGCAAUUGGAACGCAUCGAUGUGUACUACAAUGAGGCCAGCAGUGGAAAAUACGUACCACGCGCUGUACUCAUCGAUUUGGAGCCAGGCACAAUGGAUGCUGUUCGCCAAUCGCCAAUGGGUAUGCUAUUCAGGCCAGAUAACUUCGUGUUCGGCCAGUCCGGAGCGGGCAAUAACUGGGCCAAAGGUCAUUACACAGAGGGCGCCGAGCUAAUUGACUCUGUGUUGGAUGUGCUGCGCAAAGAGUCCGAGGGUUGCGAUUGUCUGCAAGGCUUCCAAUUGGCACAUUCUCUGGGUGGCGGUACCGGCUCCGGUCUGGGUACCCUGCUUAUUUCCAAAAUACGCGAAGAGUACCCCGACAGGAUAAUGAACACAUUUUCAGUGGUGCCAUCGCCAAAGGUUUCCGAUACCGUCGUGGAGCCGUACAAUGCCACAUUGUCCAUACAUCAACUUGUCGAGAAUACCGAUGAGACAUUCUGCAUCGACAACGAGGCUUUAUACGACAUCUGCUUCCGCACACUGAAGCUGACAUCGCCCACCUAUGGCGAUUUGAAUCAUCUUGUAUCCGUCACAAUGUCCGGCGUGACAACCUGCCUGCGUUUCCCCGGCCAACUGAAUGCUGAUCUGCGCAAAUUGGCCGUGAAUAUGGUGCCGUUCCCGCGUUUGCACUUCUUCAUGCCGGGCUUUGCGCCACUCACCGCCAAGGGUUCGCAACAGUAUCGUGCUUUGACUGUCUCCGAACUGACUCAGCAAAUGUUCGACGCCAGGAAUAUGAUGACAGCGUGCGAUCCCCGUCACGGACGCUAUCUAACAGUGGCAUGCAUCUUCAGAGGCCCAAUGUCGAUGAAGGAGGUCGACAUGCAAAUGUACAACGUACAAAGCAAGAACAGCAGCUACUUCGUCGAAUGGAUACCAAAUAAUGUUAAGGUAGCUGUUUGCGAUAUACCACCGCGUGGCCUCAAAAUGUCCGCCACAUUCAUUGGCAACACCACAGCCAUACAGGAGAUCUUCAAGCGUAUAUCCGAGCAAUUUACGGCCAUGUUCCGGCGUAAGGCGUUCCUGCAUUGGUACACCGGCGAGGGCAUGGACGAAAUGGAAUUCACCGAAGCCGAAUCGAAUAUGAACGAUUUGAUUUCCGAAUAUCAACAGUAUCAGGAGGCCAGUGUCGAGGAUGAUGUUGAAUUCGACGACGAACAGGCCGAGCACGAGGCGUACGAAGAUAAUGCCAUACAAAAUGGUGGCCUCUAAUGACCAGCUACGUGGAAAAUGUCGAAAUCAAAUGGUGUGUAGUUGAUCGACGUUUCGCCCAACUGUAAUGUUUUCAGAACAAUAAUUAAUUUUGCUGUUGUUCACUUUACAAUGUAAUUUGCAUGUAAUGUUUUGUUAAGCAUAAAACAUUUAGUAUAAAAAACAAAUAAAACUAAAGUUGCAAAUAUUUUGUACAAACCAAAAAUAA